GAGUUAGCCGACGGCGAUAAUAAGAUGAGCUGAGCUGAAGUCGUGAAAUUACCUUAAUUAGCCGAGCUAGCUGGCCCAAGCCAGGCCAGUACAAGAGAACUGACAUCUUUAAAAAAUAGGUUAAAUGGUAGGUACUGGUAAAAUACUAUAAUUAACUAAUGUGCUAAUUUACAUGUUCUUCUUCAAGCUGUUGCAUACUGGACAGCUCGACAGACAAGUCAAGAGCACGGUUACCGACGAGUCGGUGCCGGGCACGGGUGGAUUGUUUUACAAUUGUGUCCUGCAUGGUGAGGACUUUAAUAUGAAGAAGAUUCUUAUCACUGGUGCAUCUGGACUCCUUGGCCGGGAACUCUUCAAAACUUUUCAGGACUCUGGGUGGGACGUUCUUGGACUGGCUUACACCAGAGCUAAAGAGAACUUCAGAAAAGUGGACUUGACAGACAGUAAAGCCAUACAGGAUGUCAUCAUGGGAUAUCAGCCCGAUAUUGUUAUCCAUGCAGCAGCCGAAAGGAGAACAGAUGUUGUAGAGAGAGACCCACAGACUGUUCAAAAACUCAAUGUAGGUGCCACAGCUCAAAUUGCUGCAAUUUGUGGGAAACUGGGUAUCUUGUUGGUUUACAUCAGUACAAAUUAUGUCUUUGAUGGAACAAAACCUCCAUAUAAACCUUCAGAUGAACCCAAUCCACUUAACAAAUAUGGUCAGAGCAAGCGUGAUGGUGAAAUAGCAACUCUUAAAAACUAUCCUGGAGCAGUGAUCCUAAGAUUACCCCUACUCUAUGGUAGCAUAGAGAGACUAAAUGAAAGUGCAGCAACCUAUCUUCUACAUCAGAUCCAAGAUACAAGUAAAGUCCUGCAACUCUGUGACUACCAACAAAGAAGACCAACUCAUGUCAGGGAUGUAGCUUCAGUGGUAAUACAACUAGUGCAGAGACAUUGUAAGGGAGAGGGGGUUUCAGGCAUCCUACAUUGGAAUACAUCAGAACAACUCACACGAUACCAAAUGGCUCUUAUCAUCACUGAUAUCUUCAAACUCCCUAUGGAUCAUCUUAAACCAAACCCCAACCCUCCUUCCACUGGCACACCCCGCCCACACAAUGCAACCAUGGACAUCUCAACUAUAAAUGCCCUUGGGGUCAAAGUUACAGAUACGCCAUUUCGGAAGGGUAUCGAGGAAUGUUUGACUCCUCAUCUGUGUUAAGGCCAAGGAUUUAUAUGUGUUUGUUUCACAACUCUAAAGCCCAAAAGUGCCUGUCACCUUGCUUCCUCAUGCAUUGAUAUAUCACUGACCAUUAGAAAUCUUGAAUGAUUAUAAUUAUUAAUGAGAUUCUUUAUAAAUAUUUUAACACAAAAUUAUGAAUGUGCAAUGAAAGAAUAUCAGUAUGUUUCUUUAACAAAGGCCAAGUAAAUAUAAGUGUGUGGAUUUCUUUAAAUUGCAAUUAGGUUUUACCAAAAAAAUUAUGUCUGCAUUUGAAGUAAUAUCAGUAAUCAUGUUCGUGACUUUGUCCCAGUUACUGUGUUUAAUUCAAAUUUGAGAUGAGAUCAUAAAGAAAGAGCAGCUUGAUGUAGAUAAGUAGCUAUUGUGUGCUAAUGAAGCCUUUUCUUAAGACUUUAUUUUAUGCUUUAAUCCUAGUUCUCUUAUCUAUACUUGGAUGUAUUUCGAUAGUGCUUUUCAAUGCCUUAAUAUUUCAGAGAAGAUUCCACCAGCUUCUUUUCAGUGGUCCUUGGAUCAAUCGCACAAGUAAUCGCCAACCUUUGUGUUACGGGACCCAGGUGGUAUUUGGGUUGGAUGCAAAACCUUUGAAAAUAUUGUAAAACAAAUGAAUCUAUUGGUUUUGCAGCUUGCAAUUACAGGUUUUCUUUUCUCAUUUAUGAGAUUUGAAUUAUUUGUUGAUGAACAUGCAAAAUCAUAUAUUUUUUUUCUUUAUUCUCUCUUCAUUUAUAUGGGAAAUAAUUUAUUUUGAAAUACAUUAGUUUUGAGAGUAAACUCAUUUGUAUUCCUCUUUAGAGUGUGAUAUCUUGAAACAAAUAAUUGGAAAUUUUGAAUACUGGUUUUUGAAAACAAAUACAUGUACAUGAAUCUUAUGCUGCAGUAUAAUAGGCUUUUAUUUAUUAAUGUUUGCUGAGUUUCUUACACCUUGAUAUGAACAUGGACCUACUAAUAGGCUACAUUUAGUAUUAACAUUCAAACAUGACACAUGGUGUCUGAAAUGUUUAUUGAUUUUUGAGGUCGAUUCUGCCCCAGAAAAUGUUGAUUUGAAUCAAUAGAGAAAAAUCAAACAAGAAUAACGCUGAAAA